AUGGCCUCCAAGACUUCUCUCGUGAUCGGACUCUUCUGUCUCCCUGCUGCUGUUUGUCGUCUCAUUGAGCUUGGUAUGAUUGGGGUCACACUGAAGCCCUACGACGGUGAAUACACUGCUAGAUAUGGACAACCCUCCAACCUAUAUAUGAAGGUCACGGUGAACUCCGACGCGGAGACCAUCGGGAUCCUUUUCAAGUGUGGGCAGAGCAGUACUCCGUAUAACCACAUAUUCAAGUUGGAGUCCGACGAUGAGCCAAGUGAUCUGAUCUUGAAAGAUUAUAUCGACAAUACUUCCGUUUACAGGAAUAUGCUGAAUGAAUUCCGCCGCCGCUGUCCCCAGUUUGGUAACAGAGCCCCUAUCAAGCCGGACUUGGGAUGGUUUACGAUUCGCGAAGGGUCUCCCCGAUCAUUAAAGGUAGAGAUCUCUGGUGUCGACGUGAAGUUGAUCAAGAAUUCUGCUCUAGAAAAGAUUGAGCUCUUUGACGUUGAUGUUUAA